GUUAAGCCUCCUCGUCCAGAGAAACCUGCUGGUGUUUUGGCGAAGAAGGGGUCACCAUCUAGCUCGGCAGACAGCACUCCCACGGGAACACUUAACAAGUCAGGUAAUUCACUACAUCUCUUACUACAGAAUGAGAUGUAA